AUGCCUGAUUGCAAAUACCCUCAGGCAAGGGAACUCGCACCCAAGACCAUGGACGGCCACGGUACAAUGGCUAUGGCACAGUCCAAGGUUGGAGAACAAGGCUCUUCCAUAGACCUUUUCUACACCCACAGCAACAACAACAAUAACAACAAAACCUUCUUAGGCUUUUCCAUAGAGCUUUCGUAUCCUCCCGACAAGUGCAACAACAGCAAAAACAACAACAAUGCCAGCAACAACAAAAACAGCAGCAACAACAGUAGCAAUAACAACAAAAGCAACAGCAGCAAAGUAGUUGGUAGGCUUACACCCCCGAGAGUCUUCCCUCGCCAACCUCAGCUCCUCCUUCAGCCUCUCUAUCUCUUUCAAACCCUUCCAGCCUCACUUUCUCCACCAAUCAAACCAACUCACUACACCUCCCCAAUUGCCCUGCCAGCUGCCACACCAACAGCCCCACGGUCACUGGGACGGACCAACAACAACAAACAACAACAACAACCAACCAAGAACACGGACACCACAACCCAACACAACAACACCAAGGACUACAACCAACAACUCAACAACGCAACAAUCAAGGAACAACAACCACAACUCAACAACACAGCAACCAAUCCAAUUAACAUAACCACUAACAACACAACAACCAACCGAGGAACACAACCUCACAUAUAA